GGAAGGGGCUCUCCGCGUGUUAAAGGGGCCGCAGGCAGCAGCGCACCAUGGAGGGAGCCGGCAGUGCGGGGCGGGAGCGCGGUGGGUCCGCCGAGCCGGAGCCCGGCGAGCAGCCAGCCUCGCGGGCAGCAGGGAAGGAUGCCAAGGAAAAUAGAAAAGAAACUUCAUCUUCAUCCUACGAGGGGCAAAGCAGCUCAUCUGAAGACUGGAGUUCCACAGAGGUGGAAUCAGAGAGCAGCCUCCAGGAUGGGGCCACAGAAAAGCCAGCUCCAGGCCCAGGUUCCAAAGAACCAGGAGGAAUUAGAAGAGAAAUUUCCACAUCAUUAGAUACAUUAAGCAGAUCGCCUCAAGACAAGAGUUCAGCAGGAAAAUCUGAUGGGACCACAGAACCCAGAUCCAAGACCAGCCUCCAGAAGAGCACCACAAAGCAACCAGCUCCCAACACAGGUACAAAAGGCCUUCCUACAAUAUUAGGUGGAAUUAGAAGAGAAACUUGCUCUCCCUCAUUACACAAGUUAAGCAGGGAAAGAAAAACAUCUGAUAAUGUUGAUCACUCAACUCAUGAGAAACCUUUAGGAAUUUCAGUGUCAAUGCAGACGGAAACAAGCUGGAUUUAUGAACAUAUGUACAGAAAAACCAUUCAGAGAAAGACUGAAGAGCUCAAGAAAGACAGCAUUCACAUCGCUACUGCUGCUGGAAAUGAUAUAUAUGCAGUGCUGUCACAAGACCUCAGCAGUUUAGGCAUUUUGUGCGACAUGGAGUUUAAUGAAGACUUCAUAAGGCUGUUUGAAGAAUCUCUACGCACACUGUCCCAUAUUGGGCCACCAACUAUUCUAGCAUAUAGGCCAGAAUCAUCAAGAGAAGGCCUGGAGAUACAGGUAGAAGAGGAAUCUACUGCAACAUGCGAGUACUGUGGCAGCUUGCUGAAAUUAUUUCCUUCCUAUGAAGAUCUUGACCCAACCUCUGAAGAUUAUGAAUCAUUUUUCUGUUGUGAGCAAAAUCAGGAUCUUUAUGAGUACAUCAUUACUGAAAAAAAGAUGUAUGAGAAUGCGAGAAAUCAGUCAAUCUCCAUUGACCCUCAUGCAGCCCACGGCAGUGAAGUGGACAGGCAGCAAGCAAGGGAGAAAGAAUAUCAAAGGCAACAGGAAAGACAAAUAGCAAAACAGUUUGCAUUCAUGGCAGCAGAGCAGGCCAGCUUCGUUGAAUAUUCAAAGCAACUCAAAACCAUUUCCUACCUGCUCUCCCGUGAGCCACCCUCUCCUGGAGGCUGGACUCUCAUGCCUGAUGAGACAGUUGAAAGAGUAGAGAAAGAGGAAAUUAACUACAGUAUUACUUGCUGUGACUUUACCAUUGCGGGUGGAAAGCUAGUGAAGCGACUGUUCUUGGAAAAAUACUACAAACACGGAGGAAAGUUCCUUACCAUAUUUCCAGAUGGUACAGCACAAUUAUUCUAUCCAUCUGGCACUCUGGCUGUUAUCAUUGUGCAAAAGAGGAGAGGUUAUAUUUGUAUAGUACAGGAAGACAAGCCAAAUAAUGCAAAAAUUCAAGCAGUGUUUGAGUCCAGUGGCAAAGGUACUUGCUAUCAUCCAAACGGACUUGUAUGGAUAAACAUAAAUAUUCACAGAGGACAUUAUUCAGACCAAGCAGGCAACAGGGUGCGAAUGUGGACCUGGCCAAAUAGUUUGAUGGACUCUGGACCCCGCGUUUCAUUUAAACCCAUCUUUAUAUCCUUGAACCAAUAUGUUGGUGUCAGGAUAGUUGGACAAGACAAGAUUGCGGUUUCUUUUCUUGCCAUGGGCCAACAAGCCAAAUUCAACGUGGGAACAAAAGUGCAGGUAAGGCAGCCUGGUAAACUUCCACCACCAAAACAUGUAUGCGAAGAAGACCUGCUGCUGUUUGCCUGCAAAAUAAAGAUUCAGCGUCUGUUUGAUAGACUACAUGGAUGUUUAAACUUCCCAUCUACUGAGCAGUGGGGCAAAAUCAAACCCCCUUCCUACCUUGCAACACAGGCUUUAAAAUUACUGUACCUUUGUAAGAAUUCUGACAUAAGUGAUGAUGUUGACUGUUCAAUAAGAGCUAUAAUAAAUGCACCUGACUAGCAGUAUGUGUGUGUUGCAUAAAGACAAUAUUAGUUUAAUUAUUCUGAGGAAUAUUUGCAGCUGUGUGUACUGAAGAAUUGCAUUGUUUAUACACAUUUUUAAAAAGUAGCUUAAAGGAAUCAU